AUGCCAGGGGCGAGACUGGUCGUUGAUUGGCUCCCAGAGGAGUCUAGGGAGAAAGCUCUGGAAGAGCCGGGGGAGAAGGGGCGAGCGGUGCUGGCCGCUGAUUGGCGCGGGGUGAGUGAGUUCAGAGGCUUGGUGAAACACACAGGAGGCUGUCACUGUGGAGCUAUCCGCUUUGAGGUUUGGGCAUCAACAGAUCUGCAUGUUUUCAACUGCAACUGCAGUAUCUGUACAAAGAAACAAAACAGACACUUCAUUGUUCCGGCUUCACACUUCAAGUUGCUGAAGGGUGCAGAUAACAUUACAACAUACACCUUCAACACCCGCCAGGCCCAGCACACCUUCUGCAAGACCUGCGGUGUGCAGAGCUUCUACACGCCUCGUUCUAACCCAGACGGUUACGGAAUUGCUCCCCACUGCCUGGAUGAGGGCACCGUGCGCAGCACCACCCUCGAGGAGAUCAAUGGCAAGGAGUGGGAGAAGGCGGUGAAGGAACACAAGACCAUCAGGAGCAUGUCAAAGCCAUGAUGUAGCCUCUGUGCACAGAAAUACACAGCUUAGAGCACCGACACUGGCAGGCCACCAUGUAACCACUUAGGUCGAGCUCCCCGCGGCCGAGCUGCUAGGGAAGUUUCUUUUCUUUUGCUUUUUUAAAUAAAUCGCUUGUGCUGCCU